UUGGAGUUCAUCCACUUUGGUGCUUUGGUCAUUCUGAGGAAGAUUUCAUCCAUGCUUCAUAGUUUCCAUUCCUUUUUUCCAGAAUUCUAUCUCUUUACUUAAUCAGAUAAGACUUUUCAUUCAGAGAAAGAAGAAAAUAACACAGAAUGAGCAGAAGAAAGGGUUCUUCGUUUUCGUCUGCUUCAACUGCUGAACAAGUUACUGAAGGAAUCGAUGGCACUGCCCUCACUGCUAUUGUUACAGGUGCAACGAGUGGUAUUGGCGCUGAAACUGCUCGUGUUCUUGCGAUGCGUGGUGUUCAUGUAAUAAUGGGGGUUAGAAAUUUGGUUACUGCAAAAGAUGUUAAAGAAGAAAUACUUGAGGAAUAUCCUUCUGCUAAAGUUGAUGCUAUGGAAUUAGACCUUAGUUCAAUGGCAUCUGUUCGAAAAUUUGCGUCAGACUUCAUUUCUUCUGCUCUUCCAUUAAACAUUCUCAUAAACAAUGCAGGAAUAUUUGGAACCCCUUUCAUGCUGUCUGAGGACAAUAUUGAACUGCAAUUUGCCACCAAUCACGUAGGUCAUUUUCUUCUAACCAAUCUGCUGUUAGAUACUAUGAAGAAAACAACACAUGAAAGUAAGAGAGAAGGAAGAAUUGUUAUUGUCACAUCUUGCGCUCAUCGAUUAUCCUAUCGUGGAGGAAUCCGUUUCGAUAAAAUUAAUGAUGAAUCAAGUUAUCGGAAAUUUUGUGCAUAUGCUCAGUCAAAGCUUGCCAAUGUUUUACAUGCCAAUGAACUUGCAAGACGUUUUAAGGAAGAAGAAGUAGAUAUUACUGUUAAUUCUGUUCAUCCAGGAACCAUUAUCACCAAUAUUGAUCGUUACUACGUUAACCCUGGACUUGCGGCUGUACUUAAGAAGUUUAUAAGUUUUGCAUUUAAAAAUGCUGAACAGGGAGCAUCAACAACAUGUUACGUAGCAUUGCACCCUGAAGUUAAGGGACUUAGUGGAGAGUAUUUUGCAGAUAAUAAAAUGGCCAAAGUAGGGUCAAGAGGAAGGGAUAUUGAGUUGGCUAAGAAACUUUGGGAUUUCAGUAUGAAUUUGAUCAAGUGAAAACUUUGUGUUGCGCCAAUGUUAACUAGAGUGCACAUUUCUGCCCUAAAACGUUUUGAAUUCAUGCUUCAAAUUUGAAUGCAUGAGGAACGAGGUACAAGAAAACAACACAUUUGUCAUUA